AUGGUGAUUCCACCGCAAGGGCGCCAUCACUUGCUGGGGCCGCAUUGUCCCUCUCUUCAAAGCGUUAAACAUGAGAGAUACAUCAGUCUGAAGAAGGAAGCGAAGAUUUGCGGAAACGGAUGA